UUUUUUUUCGUGUAACCACAGCAUGGAUGCACUUCCAGGUCUCCCUGAUGGGCUGCUCGCUCGCCUGGCUUUGCUUGCUACUGUCGCCCUUGUGUCGUCCUGUGUCUGGAGUUACUUAAGGUCACCACUCCGCCAUGUCCCCGGCCCGUUUUUCGCCCGUAUCUCCGAUCUGUGGCGGGUCGGGAGCUGGUGGACGGGCCAUGCGCAACUGACGCUGAUCCAACUGCACCGCCGCUUCGGGUCUGCUGUACGGCUGGGACCGAAUAUGAUCAGUUUGAGCGAUUCGAACUUGAUCAACGUCGUCUACUCCAGUAAGACGCCAUGGAUCAAGAGCGAUAUGUAUGCAUCGAACGAUGUUGUCGUCGAUGGCGUCGUCACCUCCAAUCUCUUCAACACGACGGAUCAAGCGUGGCACACCAAGAUGGUGAAGCCAUUGCGCAACAUUGGCACCGUUACCAAAACGCUCGCCUUCGAGCCGGCCGUGGACGAGACGAUCGAGAUUUUCUGCUCCAAGCUAGACCAAAUGGCGAGCGAAGGCGUCGUAGUUCCAAUGGAGAAAUGGUUGCUUUGGUUUGCAUACGACUGCCUCCAUAAGCUCACCUUUGGCUAUCAUCGCGGCUAUCUCGAGACAGGUAGCGAUGUCGGGAAUUUCAUCAAAGACGCAUAUGGCGGUUUGAUCUACUUUGGCUUGUGCGUGAACAUGCCCUUGCUUGACCGUUUCCUGAUGAAGAACCCUUUGAUGAAGCCGUUUCUCGGUCCCCCGCCCUUCCUCUGGGCCUUCCAACAAGCCUACGCUGACGUGGCCGAACGCAAGCGAAAGCACGAGGCUGAAGGCACGUCCCCCGGGUCCUCGGACUUCCUCGAUCUCUUCCUCGGGGCGCGAGAUUCAUUCCCCGAUAUCGUCAGCAACGACGACGUGGUGGUGAAUUAUCUCUUCGUGAACCUAGUGGCCGGGUCGGACAACACGGGGAUUUCCUUGGCUGCGAUCGUCUACCAUGUCUACCGCAACCCGCGGAUUCUCGAGAAGCUCCGGAAUGAAUUGGAGGUCGAGAAGGUCAAUGGUACGCUUCCUGCCUCGUAUCGUGACACAAGCCGCCUUCCAUACCUUGAUGCCGUCGUGCAUGAGGGUUUGAGAAUUCAUCCUCCUAUCGGACUGCCCCUCGAACGUGUCGUUCCCGCUAGUGGUUGGCAGAUGCCGGACGGUGGCCCAUUUAUCCCGGCAGGCACGAAAGUUGGGAUGAACUCAUGGGUGAGCAAUCGAGACGAGAAGACAUUCGGUCCUGAGGAUGUGGACGAAUUUGUGCCGGAGCGGUGGAUGCCGAGAAACGGAGAGUCGGACGAAGCGUGGAAGGGGAGGUUGGGCCGGAUGAAGAGCUUGAUGCUCACAUUUGGUUUUGGGACUCGGAUUUGUACCGGAAAGAGUGUCGCCAUGAUGGAGUUGUAUAAGGUCGUGGGAACUUUAGUCGGAAAAUAUGAUAUGACUUUUAUGACACCCGAGUGGAAGAUGGAGAAUAUAUGGUUUGUGUUUCCAUCAGGAUUCGAUGUCAAGAUACAGCAAAGAAGAUAAGAGCACGAUUGUUGAUGUCAGCUGGUCUUUGGAGUGUGGAGCUUCGCCCUAGUUUGUUGCUCUGCCAUCGUCCUUAUGGCUGAAAGUGUGAGGGUUGAAAGUGAUAAUAUAUGUAUUAUUAUCAGUCUCGAAAGUUGAAGUGGCAAAGGAGAUUGAUAAGAACGCUACGGUGCUAAGCUGGUUGGCAAUAUAAUUUUGUUCUGUAGUACGGAGUACUCCGUAUGGAGUACUGCAAUAGAGCUUAGUACCUAAAGAGGUUAGCACGGCGGUCAAACUAUUAGCGGGGGGCUGGCGGCACGUGUCACCUCAGCUG